UUAAAACUCUAAUGAGCGCAUUGGUGCAAGUUGGUACAUUUUUCUGGAGCGAAGCGCAUCAAGGCAGGGCGCACCGAUCGUGAGGCACAGCUGCCGCCCGGCUUCCUUCAUUGUUCUCUUCUUUUUUAUCACUACACACACACACAGCAACAUCAGGAAAAACGCUUUUAAAAUAUACUAGCCUGAAAUGAAUCAGAAAGACUAUUUGUUGCGGACGCUUCUGCUGCUGCUGUUGUGUGCUGCUGCAUUUACCCUCGGACAAAACAGCUUUGGAGGUGGAGCUGGAGGAUCGGAUGAGUUUGCAAAUGAAAGCGGCUCUCUGGAUGGCACCAUCAAGUAUAACAUGAGGAAGAGUUUAGAUCUGGACCAGGAGGGCUGCUAUCUGCAGGCUGGCAAGAAGGAGUGUCUGCAGGAGUGUGGCUUCAACGCCACAGCCAAGACCAUCUUCAUCAUCCAUGGCUGGACGAUGAGCGGCAUGUUUGAAAGCUGGAUGCAGAAGCUGGUGUCUGCUGUCAUGCAGCGAGAAAGCGAGGCUAACGUGGUAGUAGUGGAUUGGAUAUCCAUGGCGCAGCAGUUGUACCCUGAUGCGGUCAACCACACACACACCGUCGGCCUGGACAUCGCGGCCAUGCUGGACUGGCUUCAGGAUGAGCUACAUUUGCCUCUGGAGAAUGUGCACCUGAUCGGCUACAGCUUAGGUGCCCACGUAGCAGGCUACGCUGGAACCCACGUUCGAGGGUCCGUCGGGAGAAUCACCGGUUUGGACCCGGCAGGGCCGAUGUUUGAGGGUGUGGAGGAGGACAAGCGCCUCUCUCCGGAUGAUGCAGACUUUGUAGAUGUUCUUCACACCUACACCCGGGAAGCUUUAGGGGUGAGCAUCGGUAUUCAACAGCCAAUCGGUGAUAUCGAUAUCUACCCCAACGGCGGUGACGUCCAACCCGGGUGCGCACUUGGCGAUGUGUUGGCAGUCGCUGGAAAUUUCAUGGAGGUGAUGAAAUGUGAACACGAACGAGCCGUGCACCUGUUUGUGGACUCCUUGAUGAACAAGGACCACGUCAGCUUUGCCUUCCAGUGCACAGACUCGGACCGCUUCAAGAAGGGCAUUUGUCUGAGCUGCCGCAAGAACCGCUGCAAUAACAUUGGCUACAACACCCGUAAGAUGCGCAAGAGGCGGAACAGCAAAAUGUACCUGAAGACGCGUGCAGACAUGCCCUUUGGAGGCUACCACUACCAGAUGAAGAUGCACGUGUUCAACAGGAAGCAGUCUGAUAACGCAGACCCAACGUUCCAUGUCAAGUUGUUCGGCGCCCAUCAUGACACUGAAGACAUUUUUGUUGACGUCCAUGACGAAACAGUCGGCCUGAACCUGACAAACACCUUCCUGGUGUUUACCGAGCAGGACAUCGGCGAUUUGCUGAAGAUCCACCUGAGCUGGGAAGGCGACGCCGACUCCUUGAGCUCUGUCUGGAAAAACAUCAAAAAGACGUUCUGGGCCUGGAAUACGACACCUCCGACACCUGUCCUGGAAGUCCGACGGAUUCGUGUGAAAUCUGGAGAAACUCAGAAGAAGUAUACGUUCUGUGCCCAAGACCAAUCCAAAACGGAAAUCUCUCCAGGUGAAACAAUCGUUUUCGUCAAGUGUCGUGAUGGCUGGGAAGUGAAGCCAAGGAAACGAGUGCCCAUGUAACGACGCAACGCCUGAUGCAGUGUCAUCACCACGGGGACCCAACACGUCGAAAAGCGAGAAGCACUGCCUUUGCUUUAUCUGAGCACUUUUUCAUGGGAGGAGAAGUAGGUGGAUGGAUCGACGCACGGUGGGAGGAGCUUAAGGUCUCGGACAUUGAAACUAACUGCACCUGCAUGGUUGGUUCCUGAAAAUCGGGGACUCUGAGGGAGUCGGUCCAGCGGUAAGAAGUAAAGCUGGAUCGGAGGCCACUGCUCGAGUUACAGAAUGUUUCUUCAUAAAGUGGGCUAGCGGCCAUACACCAGCUAUUGUAGUCUCUAUACUGUACAUUUUUAAGUGUUUGUUUUUUUUUUAAUUUAUGAAACAAAAUUGAAGCACUGCAAGACCAAUGUUAUUUAUCAUAGCACAUCCCAUAAAUGAAAUGUUGAAUGGCUUCCUAGAUGCAGUAAUUGUGUAUGUGUGGGUGAUUGUGACCAACAAGUGUGCCUUUCUGCUGAGUGAGAUUACUGAUACACUGUAUACCUGGAAGAGAUGCCCAUCUCAUUGCACAUGGUUUGUUUUUGUGCUUCGUGUUACUGUAUGUACUGUGGGGUGUGUUUAUGUACAUAAUGUAAAUAACCUUUUGGAAAAAUUAAUAAAUUCACCUGUUUGUA